CAAGCGGCGCACGCGCCGCGACCGCCAGACGUGCGGGCUGACAAGCGAUUGGUCAAGACGGCUGGGCUGAGCGAUCGAUGCGCACUGGCCGUCGAGCCAAUCAAAGAGCCAGUCGUCGACGGCGUGCAGGUGGUCCAGCGAAUGGCGCAGCCGCCACAAUCGCUGCUCGUCCAGCUCGACUGGCCAACCUGCGGGCCACGUCAGGCGCGCGCAAGAGGCGGAGGAGCGUCGGUUGGUGGCGUGCAAUUUGGCACGCGGCCGCUUCCGCCUCUGGCCGCUGCUCUCCAACGCGACGCCCGUGAAGGCAGCUGGCACGACUCGAGUGCUGCCAUUCCAUUUGGGACGCACAGCCACGAAGCUGUUCGGCAUUGCGGGCGCGCCAAAGGCUAA